CCUCCUCCUCCUCCUCUCCCUUGUAACUAUUCCCCAGGUCGUUGUUAUAAAUUACAAUGUGUUCAAUUUGCCUGGUAAAAUAAGGGUUAAAUACAAAAACAAUGUUUUAAAACUCACUAAUGAAUCCCUCUUGAGCAAUAUUGGAUAGAUCGACAGCCAGAGAGAAUGGUACCAAAAUACAGGCCUGGCCUGACGUAUUUUACAACAACAACAAAAAUAGCUUAAUGAUUACUGGUAUUUGGACGUGCUGUACCAAUCAACGAGAUCUGUUAUCAAUAUACUGGCCUAGGAUGAUAUAUUAAUGCUGCGGCAGAGAGCGACGAAAUCUCCCAGCACGAACCGGUGAUUGCUACCCGGGGAAUAAAUUAUCCAGGCAGCAGGCGCUAGAGAGGACCACCCCCCCUUCCCCUUCCCCCAACUGUCGAACAGAAGGAAUCUCUUCUAUACACUACCGCGUCCGGUCGAACAUCAUGUCUACUAUGAGGACGUUGACGGUCGCGGGAUUGUUUCUGGCGUUUUGCGCGUUGGGACUCAUAGCAGUCGCAAUAUGUACUGACAAUUGGUACGAGACGGAUGCGAGGAGACACAGGGAACGUUGUAAGAAUUAUUCCAACAAAAGGAACGACCCCGGAUUCAUCUAUAUCUCCAACCAGAACCUCCCACUCCGUAUGUUACCGAAGGAGAAUAACGUGGAGAGGAAGGGGUCGAGUGGAGGACUCCUCCUGCGGGCUAAGCGGCACUUCUUGCCCCCCGCCCCGGCCAUGGAGUCCCUCUGCAGUCGGCAGUACAACUCUACCAUCUCCGGGCUGUGGAGGAAAUGUCAUCGGGAGGGAUUCGACCUGGAGACAGAGGAUCUCAUCUUUAAAGGUUUAGUUCAGCGCUGCACACCAAUAAAAUACUACUACUAUUCUUUAGCCCUCCCCAGAAAGCUGAGCAUCAAUAUAAUCAAGACUAUUCGUCAGGAUGAGUGGCACGCACUCCACCUGCAGAGAAUGACAGUCAGUUUCAUCGGCAUGGCUGUGUCCAUCAUCCUGUUCGGCUGGAUGAUCGGAGCUCUGGGCUGCUGUCAGCAGCAUGACCUGAUGCAGUACGUAGCGGGACUGCUCUUUCUCAUGGGAGGAACGUGCUGUAUCAUCUCUCUGUGUACAUGUGUAGCAGGGAUCAACUUCCAACUGUCCCGUUAUCCUCGGUAUAUGUAUGGGAUCCCAGAGGACAUCAGUCACGGAUACGGCUGGUCCAUGUUCUGCGCAUGGGGGGGCCUAGGUCUCACCCUAUUGGCCGGCUUCCUGUGCACGCUGGCUCCUUCCCUCUACCCCCCCGUGCCUCACACUAUGGUAGAGAGGCUGCAACGCAAGCCUCGACAUGAGAACGGCUGCGUGUGACACCAUAGAAAUAGGAUUACUAUUUGACUUCAAUGGGAAUGUCCGUUCUAGUAAUGGGAAUGUUCGUUCUAGUAAUGGGAAUGACCAUUCUAGUAAUGGGAAUGUCCGUUCUAGUAAUGGGAAUGUCCGUUCUAGUAAUGGGAAUGUCCAUUCUAGUAAUGGGAAUGACUAUUCUAGUAAUGGGAAUGUCCAUUCUAGUAAUGGGAAUGACUAUUCUAGUAAUGGGAAUGUCCGUUCUAGUAAUGGGAAUGUCUGUUCUAGUAAUGGGAAUGUCUGUUCUAGUAAUGGGAAUGUCUGUUCUAGUAAUGGGAAUGUCCAUUCAAGUAAUGGGAAUGUCUGUUCUAGUAAUGGGAAUGUCUGUUCUAGUAAUGGGAAUGUCCAUUCUAGUAAUGGGAAUGUCUGUUCUAGUAAUGGGAAUGUCCAUUCUAGUAAUGGGAAUGUCUGUUCUAGUAAUGGGAAUGUCUGUUCUAGUAAUGGGAAUGUCCGUUCUAGUAAUGUGAAUGUCCAUUUGAGAAUGUCUGUUCUAGUAAUGGGAAUGUCCAUUCUAGUAAUGUGAAUGUCCAUUCUAGUAAUGGGAAUGACUAUUCUAGUAAUGGGAAUGUCUGUUCUAGUAAUUCUAUUUCUAUGUGUGGCUCUCUGCCAAACCUUCAACUCCCAGUGACAGGAGUGUGUCAGUAUCUGCCAGACUUUCCGUGUCAGUAUCUGCCAGACUUUCCGUGUCAGUAUCUGCCAGACUUUCCGUGUCAGUAUCUGCCAGACUUUCCGUGUCAGUAUCUGCCAGACUUUCCAGUGACAGGACACUCAUCCCUCUUGUCUCUUCUCCAUCCUUUGACAGUCAGUCAUCCCUUCCUCUGAAAAAAAGAUGUUGAUAUGUGCUGGUCUGACUGGACUGGGGACGUUACCCAGGGACUAAGAAGUAAGAUCUGUCAGACACACAGCAUUGAUUUGCACAAAGAAAAGAAACAGACAAAAAUAUUCUGUCUCUCAAGCUUGAAGGGAAUUUGUUAACGGUUGGAUGAUGACAGUUUACUGAAGAGGAAUUUUUUUAAAUUUAUUUUUUAACCUUUAUUUAACCAGGCAAGUCAGUUAAGAACACAUUCUUAUUUUCAAUGACGGCCUAGGAACAGUGGGGUUAACUGCCUGUUCAGGGGCAGAACGACAGAUUUGUACCUUGUCAGCUCGGGGGUUUGAACUUGCAACCUUCCGGUUACUAGUCCAACGCUCUAACCACUAGGCUACGCUGCCGCCCCAAGAGGAAUUCAAAUCUUCUUCUGGUGCUUUCUUUUCUUCUGUCCUCCUACUCCUCUUCCUCCUCUUCCUCCUCCCUAACCAAAACUGUCAACAGCUACAGACUUAUAUUUCUGUCCCAUAAUGAAUUGUUUAGUGGAGAAGUUACUCUAGUAAAUAUCUUCCUGUA